UUCUAAAGCGAUUCGUUUGUUCUUAAAUAGGUCUGUAUAUUGUUUUUUUUUUAAAUUAUACAUUACAAAAGUGACGUCUUAAUCUACAAGCGAUUUUAAAAGUAUUUUUAAACUUUUUUUAAACGGCCAGUAAGUGCUGUGGUAGGGACUGUUGUGCGCACAGGUGUUCGUUCACAGGUGAACGAAAUCUUUGGCGUCGAAAAAAAAAAGCUAAAAUUAUAGUAUCCUUUGGAUUCCACCUUUGAUUUCCAACAGCGCUAAUGAAGAUAAUAAAGGCUGUGUUGUAUACACAGCGGUUUCUCUACGGGUGUAUUUCGGAUUUUACAGCUCUUCCCGUCUGAAGUCUGAAGAUGGCGGACGCGUGGGACCUGAGGGAGACGCCCGGCGCGGAGCCCUGGACGUUCCCGCCCCCGCCGCCCAACGCCACGCUGGGCGAGCCGCUGGCGUACGACGCCUUCCUCAACGCCUCGGAGCCGCGGCCGGCCAACGGCCCCCCGCCGGGCGUCACCGGCGCCGGCACCGCCCUGCUCGCCUGCGCGUACCUGGCCGUGUGCGGCGUGGGGCUCUGCGGCAACGCCCUGGUCAUCUACGUCAUCCUGCGGCACGCCAAGACGACCACCGUCACCAACAUCUACAUCCUGAACCUGGCGGUGGCCGACGUGCUCUGCAUGCUGAGCCUGCCCUUCAUCGCCGUGCAGCUGGCCCUGGUGCGCUGGCCCUUCGGCGCCCCGCUCUGCCGCGUGGUCCUGACCGCCGACUCCCUCAACCAGUUCACCUCCAUCUUCUGCCUGGCGGUGAUGAGCGUGGACCGCUACCUGGCCGUGGUGCACCCGGUGCGCUCCCCGCGGUGGAGGACGCCCGGCGUGGCCAGGGGCAUCACCACGGGGGUGUGGGCCGUGUCGCUGCUGGUCAACGUGCCGGUGAUGGCGUUCAGCGGCCUGGUGACCUCGCAGAGCAGCGGGGCGCACUUCUGCACCAUGGUGUGGCCCGAGCCGCAGGGCGCCUACUACACCGCCUUCAUCUUCUACACCUUCCUGCUGGGCUUCUUCCUGCCCCUCGCCGUCAUCUGCCUCUGCUACCUGCUCAUCGUCGUCAAGGUGAAGGCGUCGGGCGUGCAGGCGAGCUCGGCGAAGCGGCGGCGGUCGGAGCGGAAGGUGACGCGCAUGGUGUCCAUCGUGGUGGCCGUGUUCGUGCUGUGCUGGCUGCCCUUCUACGCCUUCAACGUGGCGUCGGUGACAGGCAGCGUCAGCAGCACGCCCGCCCUCAAGAGCACCUUCGACUUCGUGGUGGUGCUGGGCUACGCCAACAGCUGCGCCAACCCCGUGCUCUACGCCUUCCUGUCGGAGAACUUCAAGAAGAGCUUCCGGAACGUGCUCUGCGUGGCGAGGGCGAGGGGGGGGGCGGGGGCCGCGGGGGGGCUGCGGGGGGAGGCCGAGAGGAGCGGCCGAACGAGGGCGAUCAACGACGUGACCGAGACCCGGAGUGCCCUGCUCAACGGCGACCUUCAGACCAGCAUCUGA